AUGGUAGGGCAAGAAUGGCACCUAGACAGAGAAGUUUAUGAAUUGCAGCAAGAGGACGACGGAGGGCGAACGUCUGAAAUGCUUGGCAUGGCAGUACACGUGCAAAGAAAUCGGACUGUGAAUUUCGAUUAUUCCCUCUUUCCGGCGUGUGCGCUAGAAUCUGAUGAAACUGCACGAUCAUUCUUCUCUCCCAUCCUUGAGAGGAUGAGAGUCACGGUAGACAUGAUAGACCGCAUAUGUCCUCAGCUCCUAUCUUUCUCUCGUUUCCUGAACAACGAUAGAACUGGUAUUCCUCACACUGCCAUACCUGUAGUUAUUCUUGCCAUUAAUGUCGAUGAUGAGGUUGAGUCCGAUAAUGAAAGUCAAGCUAUGGAGGAGGAGGAGUCUUCAAUGGCCUGGGCUAUGGAUGAGUCAAUGGAGGAGGACUAUGGGGCAUUGCAGCUCGUUCCAGCAACACAAUCAUCUCUAGACGCCUUGAAGGAGAUGAAAUUCGAUAGUUCUGGUUCUAUUGAUCACUGCUCGAUUUGUUUGGAGAUGUUUUGUCACGAAGACUUGAUUACUAGCAUGCCAUGUUCUCAUCCAUAUCAUGGAAUUUGUAUUCAUCGGUGGCUAAAGACCAGCCACUACUGUCCCCUGUGCCGUUUUGAGAUGGAAACCUAA